GACGACUUUGUCUGGACUUGCUGUGCUUUGUUUUCAUCAGGAAAUGGGGAAGACAUGGGUUUUGAGGAGCUGGCCGUCCGUCUCAACGACAGAGAGUAUAAAAACUGGCUGAAAGCAGCUCGGUGUCUGCUCUUACUGAAGGACGGCCUCCAUCCCUUCAUCAACCACCACAUGAGAGCUUUUCACGGAGACCUGCUCAGUCAAAACGCUCUGCUGCGGAAACCGUGCGAGGCUUCAUGCAGACCGAGAGGGACGAAGCUUUCCUCACUCUGCAGGCCAUGUUCAGAGUGGCAGACGGUGAUCCUGAAACACCACAGACAGCGAGACACGGUACCAGUGAACUGGGGAAACUGUUUCCCUCCCCACUGGAGAACAGACCACUGGGAACUGGCCAAGGCCUACAUGCCAAGGGGUCAGGUGGAAGUGAAGGGAGCAGAUCAGUGUGAUGCCUCUGCUCUACUCAACCUGAUCAACUACUGUGAUUGCUUCCAUUCUGUCGAUCUAAAGUGUGUGAGAGAGGUGAUCCAUUACAGGAACAAGCUGAUGCAUUCUUGUGAGUUCCGUGUGAAGGAUGAAUGGAUGAAGCACUAUCAGAUCGCUCUGAAAAACCUCUUGCGGCAGUUCAGCCACGUACCACAGAUGGCAACAGCUGGCCGACAGAUAGAGGAGAUGCUGACCAUUGAUUUGUCAAUAUGUGUCUCUGGUUUGGACCAAAUGGAUUCUGCUGACCUGGAUGGAUCAGAGGGUGAUAUUGUCAGCCAAUGGGAGAUUAGCAGUGACUUAAUUAGCCAGUGGGAGGCUGAGUUGCUACAAGAGCGGCUGCAGGAGGUACUACAUACAGCUGCUGCUGCUGAUGAUGAUGAUCAUGAUACGAAGGAAACUGAGCAAUUGAAGAGGCUGCAAGGUUUCCUUCAGGCCAACCGUGAUCUGGCUGAGAGGUUUUCUGCAGAACUUCAAGCCAUCAACUCACUGGAAGCCAGAGAAUAAGAAGGAAGGAAGGGAUGAAGCAUGUUGUGCACUGUCUUUAUAUUUACUAUUUGAAAUAUGUCAGGGUCCAAAUAUUGACAGAUUAAAGGGAUUUGUGACAGAUUUUAUUUCACUGAAAAUGUAAAUUAAAAAGUCUGACAAAAGC